GGGGGGGGGGGGUUAUCGAUCCAGGGCAAGCACAUGUCGCCGAAUCACUUCCAAAAACAGCGCAGAUGACAUCCACCACGAGGAUCUCCAGACAAGAAAAGUCAAUAAAAUGAAGCAAAUGUCUUGUAGGAAAGCGGCCUGGGGUGGGGGUGACGUAGAUGCAGAUGUAGAUUUUGCACAUAGAAAUAUGCGCACUGAUUUGGACGUGUUCAUGGAAAUAGCAUGGAUUGAUGCGGAGGCAAGAAAGAUUCAGUGCUUUAGAUUUUGCAGAAGUCGGUCCAGCAACAUUCCGAUAUUCUCAAGCCUCUUCUCAGAAAAAAGGAUAUCAAGAAGUCGACAGUCUGCCACCGAGUGAUUCAAUCCCUACAUUUCUAAGCUUAAUGCGAAGGGUGAGUGACUACCAGAGAGGGCAAGCCUUAGCCGGCACUUGGAAAGAAAUAGCCUCAAUAGCCGAACUCGAAUACGACCUGGAUGCGCGACUAGACCACUGGCUUUGAAUGUGCAAGGACUCGCCAAAGGCAGCAUACCCUGGUUAAGAGUAGGGAAGGGCGUGUAACGUCGACUGAAAUAGUAGCAUCUCCAAAUGAGAAGAUGCUGGGACAGUUUGGCACGUCGUCAACGAUGAGCAAGGAUACUUGUUGUAGAAGUUCCACUGGUAGUGGCAGCCGAUGGAUGGGAGGUUCUUUCGUGUAGACGGGAGGGACAUGUAAAUGAGAGACAAACAAUGCAUGGAUCUUGCGCAGAAGCACUUUAAGUUUGCUCUCCUUGCUUUCAUCGAUAUCAAUGAAG